AUGAAUUACUAUAUGGAAAGUUAAUUGUAAAAAAUGAGUUAACUACUUGAUUAAAAGUAAUCAGAGAUCAAUAAAAUGAAAGCAUAAGUAGAUAACUAUUCAAACUAUGAAUUGUAAAUAAUACCUGUUAUUCCAGAUAAUUAGAAGAAUUGAACUCAUGUAUUAUAUAGUUAAAUUACUAAUUUCAACAACAACAAGAGUCUCAUAAAGAGUAAGUUUAUUUUAUGCAAAGGGAAUUGUAAUUUGCGUAAGAUGAAAUAAAAAAAUUGCAAGUAUUCAUUCAAUAGUUUUUAUUAGAGAACAAGAGGUUAAAAUGAAUAAUAAUAAAUUGCCUCACUUCUUAAGGAGUUGUCUGAAAUUAAAUAAGAGAACAAUCAAUUAAAAGUAGAAUUAUCCAAGUAAUAAUAAAAAGCAAGGACUAAUUCGAUUCAAGAUAAUUGUAUUAAUGAAAUAAGAGUAAAGACAUAGAAUUAAAUAAUUAUAUAGAGACUAUCUCCUUACAGGAGGGUUCAUAAUUGCAGUUUUACGAGUCCAUCUUAAAAUCUUGUUAAAGAAAGAAGAGUUCCUUCGCUCCCAGAUGUUAAUUCAAAUCGAUUAUCCACCAAUAAGAAUUCUUUACAAAAUUUAUAAUAGAAUUAAUCUUAUUCCAAGAAACCUCCUCUUUAGUAGGUGAGCAAUAUUAGUCCUAUUAAGUAAAUACUAUUUAUUCGUCAUUGA